AUGCCUCAAAACGAGUACAUUGAACGCUGGCAGAAGCAGCAUGGCAAACGCCUCGACCACGAUGAACGCGUUCGAAAAAGAGAGGCGAGAGAAGGUCAUGCCCAGUCCGAAAAGGCCCAGAAUCUUCGAGGAUUACGGGCCAAAUUGCACCAGAAGAAACGGCAUGCCGAGAAGAUUCAGAUGAAGAAAGCCAUCAAGGCUCAAGAAGAACGAGAUGUCAAAUCCGCCGCACCCAGCGAACCAUCCUCGACUCCUCUACCCAGUUAUCUACUUGACCGAUCACAGGCCAACAAGGCAAAGGCACUUUCGAGCGCAAUUAAGAACAAAAGAGCAGAGAAGGCAGCAAAAUUUUCCGUACCCCUACCGAAGGUCAAGGGAAUAAGCGAGGAAGAAAUGUUCAAGGUUGUCAAGACCGGCAAGAAAACGGCCAAGAAAAGCUGGAAGAGAAUGAUUACACAACCCACAUUUGUCGGUCCUGAUUUCACCAGACGACCAGUCAAAUAUGAACGUUUCAUCAGACCCAUGGGUCUACGGUAUAAGAAAGCCAAUGUGACCCAUCCCGAGUUGGGCGUUACCGUUCAACUACCCAUUAUCAGCGUCAAGAAAAACCCUCAAAAUCCACUCUACACACAAUUGGGAGUGUUGACCAAAGGCACCGUUAUCGAAGUCAACGUUUCAGAACUAGGCCUUGUGACUACCGGUGGAAAAGUAGUCUGGGGUAAAUAUGCCCAAGUUACGAACGAUCCGAGCCGGGAUGGAUGUUUGAAUGCGGUCCUCUUAGUCUGA